AUGAAACAUUCAUUUGCGUAUUCACCACGCUUUUACGAAGCAUUACUACUAUUGUCCUCUUCCGCUUCAAUGACGAGUGUUGUUCUUAUGAUUAUUGUGGUUGUUAUCCUGAGAAGGAAUUUCGGUGCGCAGUACCUUUCAAGCAAUUCGCAUAAUCGCAAUUUGUCACAUUUUCUCAAAAAUAAAAAGCGAUACACUCAAACAUCACUGAUCUCUUGCUGUUUCACAUUUUUUCUUGUGGUGGUAUCAGCAAUAAUAGAACAUAUUUGCGAAGCAGAUCCUUCUGCAGCGUCGCAUGUCAUUGUGAUGGUUUGCGUUUACACACGUCUACUGAAUUCCUUCAAUUUGGUGACAUUAUUUUUGUGUCGUCAAAAAGAUUUUCAGCGUGUUGUAAUUCGAUAUUUUAAAUGCAUAUUCUAUGGAGAGAAACAGGUCCAAUCAGUCGUAACUGUUGGUUUUGUAACACGAACAAAUCACACCGUUUUCUGA